AAAGCACCUACAUCGAACCGUCCCCAAUUAAACCCAUAAUAAACAAACGAAACCAGGCUAAUCAGCAGCCGAUUCGCUAUCAGUUCGGUCGCCGUUUUCGAUAACAGCUCGAGCAAUUUUAACAACCGCGGGACGGAAAUUGUUAUCGCUAGUACCACCGCCACAUAUCAACUUUCCGGACGGUAUGACCGUAUACAGAAUCGAGCCGUUCGAGAAGUGCCAUCGGGAAAUGUUCGGAGACCUGGUGCUCACCUGUCAAACGCCCAUACAGGGCGAGCUGCCGCGAAGGCUCGUCCUGCCCGUGACGUACAGCGUCGAGGUGCGACGGGCGUCGGCAGAUUCGGCGACCAACACGAGGAUUUUGGAAAGUGAGAAGAGACGCGCUUCUGCUCUCGUAGACGAACUCCUCAUGGACAUUUAUUACAGUGUGCACAACAGUACGGAUUACAAUUCUACGUCGGGAAAGUCGCACAGGAGCUCGUGGGUGGAAGUCGUCAACUUGGAGGAAAAAGAGGUCGCAGAACUGUCAUACAUCAUGACAUGCCUGACAAAUUAUACAGAACGGAUGGGCAGCGUCUUGGUGCGCCAGUUGAAACGUCGCGACGCCUUGCGUCGUCAGCAGGAAGCGUAUUGCGACGUCAUCACGAGGAAGCUACAGGAACGUCUGCCUCAAAGUGCAGCUCCAGAGGACAUGCGUUUUAUGAUCCAGCCCUUGCCAGGUGAUACGGGAUUUUCACAAUGGUGCGCCGCUAUGAAAAUGGUCGCACAGCUUCCUGGUGGAAUUCCCCCAGAGUUCAGGAAUCGUCUGUGGUUGACCCUGGCAGAAAGACAUUUGGCAGCUAAAGGAGUCAACUGGCCAGAAGUGGAAAGAACUUGUUUCAGCGAAUGGUCUCAUCCCGCAGAUGCCGAAUUAGGAGUUCAAAUUGUUAAGGAUCUACACAGGACAGGCUGCAGUUUAUUUUGCGGGGAGAAUGGACAAGAAAAUCAAGCCCUAUUGAAAAGAGUUUUACUGGCUUACGCUAGAUGGAACAAAGCCGUAGGCUACUGCCAAGGUUUCAACAUGCUGGCAGCUCUAAUUUUGCAAGUGACUGAAAGAUGUGAAACCGACGCCCUCAAACUUAUGAUUUACCUCGUAGAGGGAGUUCUGCCGGAUUCCUAUUUCGCUGAUAGCCUAAGAGGGUUGUCCGUUGACAUGGCCGUCUUCAGAGAGUUGUUGAGAAGUCGACUGCCUCGGUUAUCAAAACACCUCGACACUCUCCAGAACGCUGCCAAAGAUGGAAGCAGGAGCUACGAACCUCCUUUAACUAACGUCUUCACAAUGCAGUGGUUUCUCACUCUCUUCUGUAACUGCCUGCCGCAGCCUACCGUCCUCCGCGUGUGGGAUCUCAUACUCUUGGAAGGGAACGAAAUCCUCCUGCGCACAGCCCUAGCCAUCUGGCAGGUCCUUGCAGAACGUAUCCUGAGCGCCCGUAGCGCCGACGAAUUCUACUGCAUCAUGGGCGUCCUCAUGAGAGAACUGCUGGAGUUCGGUCUGAUCGACGGUAACUCCCUGAUCAAAGCCGUCGUGGCGAUCGGGCCUUUGACAGAACUGAAAACGCUCAGGGAGCACUACUUGUACAACAUCAACCCCUGGGGAGCCGCAAGUCUACCCCAGACCGUCGAGAAGCAGCUGAAGCUGUACCCCAGGCACGCUUUGGCCUUGGACAUCAGUUCCUUGAAGAAGCAGUACGCCAAGCUGAAGCAGAGGCAGCGGCAGGCCCACAUCAUCUUCAGCGCUGCUAUCUCCAGGCAGCCGCCCCCAACACCACCGGUGACGAUGAACCACUUGCUAAUCGGGAAAAGCGCGCUGGUUCCGGCGAAGCGAUUGGGCCCUCCAAAGGGCUCCAUUCCUCCUGCUAGGCAAGUCCCCAGCACCUUGCACUGGAAAGACGCCCCCAAGCAGACGUCCAGCUCCAGCUCCAGCGAUACCGAGCUCUGCGAUGAAGAGUCUGUUGAAUCUUCUGACGAAGACGUCGUAGAUAAUCUUCCCCAGGACUCUGGAACAGAUCUUAUGAAAAUCGACAAUAGUGCCAGUAUAGAAGAUACUGUUAGCCAAACCCUAGAGACUGAACUAGCUGAUUGCAAGGAAUCUGACGAGGAUAAUCUAGACUUUGAGCAAUUCCUAGCAGAUCGUGUCAAAUGCUUUAAGGUGGAAGACCCGGAGGAGAGGAUCAACUGCGCCAGAAGAAACAGCGAAAGGGCGCUGCAGAUCAUUCAGGAAAACUCGCUGAUUCUGCACAGGAUUCUGCAGUGCCAAAGUAGACUAUCACCUUCACCGCCUCUGAAGGUAGACGAAGCAGGUACCGCCCCUCCGAGUCACAGUUACGAUGCACCACUGCCGAAGGAGAUCGAUAAAGAGGACAUUACUUCUUCAAGAGAUUCAAACCCACCUGAAUACGGUUCGAGGUAUACGAGCAUUCUGGAAAAGAGCAAAAGCCUUGAUGAGAAGUAUAAUGCUCUGAUUCUGAACAAGCCAAUGUCAAAAACUGCUGAGGAAUUAAACAGAAACGUUGAAGAUACAAGUGACGUCCUAUCAAAUUCACCUAGAGAGAAAAGUCAGCAUUUUUUUAAUGAUUACAGGAUCGGUCAGGAGCCAAAGAGUAUGACAAAAUCAUACGAGAAUUUGCCUGUUGUUCACGAAGAAACAGUCGAUAAUACUAAUACCGACAAAACUACUACCAGUGAUUUGGAUUUCAUUCGGUAUGACAAGGAUCAAGAAAGUAUACAGUCAGAUCCAUAUUUCCCCAGAAAAUUCAACUUUAAUGAUGGUUACAGUUUUGGUCAAGAUGAAUCUAAUAUGACAGAUAAAUCUUCCGAAUAUGUUUCUGAAUAUUUAUCGAAAAUAAAUCAAACUGUUCUUGAAUCAAGAGAAUCUCCUUCUCAGUUUUGCGGUUAUGACGAAAGUUUCAGCAAGAAUACCCCUUAUAUUUUCCCAUUCGUGAAUAGCCCAAAUGUUACUAAAAUCUCAAGAGAAAUCAGUGAUAUAAAUUCACCGAACAGUGUCACUGAUGAAAAUAUCAAAGAAACUGCAGACUCUGCAGUCAGUUUAAUCGAUUCAGACUUCAAAAACUACUUGUUUCUAUCGAAUGAAGAGAUUGCCAAGUCUCCUGACUCUCCCAGACACCAGCAGAAGGAAAUAACACCUCUAAGGGAAAGAGUUUAUACAACUUUUGAUCAGCUACUGAAUCCUGAAGCCGAAGAUAAAGACUCUGGAGUAUACUCCACGACAGAUUUCAUUAGAUCGAUGAAUGAUUCCAGAACAACAACUGAAUAUUUUGUUUCUCAAACACCAAUCAUUGUUUCAGAGGAUCAUAACAAAAUAGACAUGGAUAGUGGAUCAUUCCCAAAUGAAUGUACCGUAAAAAGUGUAUUUCCAUUGCAGAUUUCCACAAAUGGUGAAGACAACAGUUCAAAUGGUUCUAUUAAAUCUCCGACUGUCUCAAAAAGUAUCUCGAGCGAAACCAAGCACGGAUUGAAGGCUGUUGUAACUUUAGAUGCCACCGAACAUGCGAAGCCUUCUGUGAAACAUGGAGAAAUUCCCACUUUCAAAUCCCCCAAAAGGUCCCCAUUGAGGUCACCGCUCAAAUCUCCUCUAAGAUCUCCCAGCAACUGUUUCAACCCUUUUCCGGUUCCCCUCAGCUCUAGGCAGAGUAAGGAGGUUCCUUUGAAGUUGGGCUUGUACAAAAAGUGACGGGUCGGUUUUGGUUAUUUGCUUUGCGUGGAAGACUGCUUUUUUGACUAUCUGUUUCUAUAUUCAACUUCAUAUGAGAAUAUACUGUUGUAUAAUAAUCUUACUAUAUUAGUAAACCGGAUACGUUGUUGUGGAGGUUGAAUACUCAAGAUAAAAUGAGUUUAGUUCUACCUGGAAAUUAGGAGUUUGGAGUUGAAAGAUUUCCAUCAAUGCGUGUUGUCUUUUGGAGAUUUGUGCUGAGUCUAUUUGAGUAAUGAAUGGAAUAAGGUGUUUUUUCUUCCCGAUAGCAUUAUUUUUCUCUCGUCUGUAAUUGAAUAAUCAUUCGAAUAAUUUUAGAAAAAUGUUAGGAAAAAAUGGAGACACUUUGGAAUCCAGAAGAAUCCGAGAGGGGUGGAAAACAAAAAUGUAGAGCAACAAUCAAUUUCAAUUCAAAAUAAUCCAUUACGAGUCGAGAAAAAAAAAGAUAUUUUCAUUUAACCGUUGCCUUCGCCAAAAUGUAAAAACAGGUACUUUUUGCAUUUUUAAUUAUUUCUAUAAUAAACAUUCAAUAAACACACCUAUAUCUUUAUUACAAACACUUUUGAAAUUUAUGAAUAAUUUCAAAAACGAUAAUUAAAGAAUAUAUCUGUGAUAUUACUUAUUCUAAAAAGUUAACUUGAGAUUGCAAUUGUACGAGGAGUUUGUUAUUAUCACAGGAAGCACUUCAAUCAUUUAGGAAUACGUCACAAAAAAUUCUGCAAUAGAAUAUUAUUGUCAACUGUAUCAAAUGAUUUGCAAAAAUCCAGAGACAGAAGGUUACAUUUUUUAUUAUGAAUAAUUUCAAUUUGAAUGCAAGUUGUCAUAUCAAUCACCAUAGCUUUAGUAUAUCUGCAUCUGAAUAAACCACACUAACUAGAACAUAAUAAAUUAUUAUUAUCUAAAACAGAAAUAGGAAAAUACUGAUUCAAAUCACAUUUUUUACCAUUUCUGUUAAGUUGAAAUACCGCAGCAAUGUUGAUUUUUUCUAUAAUUGAAAGAUUCUGUACAAUUUCACAUAAAAUUGUUGAAAUUUUCCUUUUAACAAUUUUUGAUAAAUUACACGUAUAUCAUCAAAACCACCAACUUUGUUUAAAUCUGAAUUAUUUUUAAACCUCUCAAUUUCCAGAAUGUCUACUGGUUUCAGAAACAUGGACAUAAUGUUUGAUGGAUCAUUGAAAAUAUUUGCGACCACUGAUGACACAGGAUCCUUCCCAAAAUCUCCAAACUGUAUCAUAUUCAAAAUUCAAUUAUUUCACUAAGGUACUGGAUUGAUCUUAAUGCUCCAGCUGUUCCACUAGUUACAACUUCAAAUUUAAAAUCGGGCUUACAUUCGUCCAACGUAGAAAUUUUUAAAUGACACCUGCUCCUUCGCCAAAAAUUGAACAUUAUUGUGAUUUCAAGUUAUAAAAUGUAUAAAUUAGGAAAAACCAUCCAGUAUAAUCAAAUAUUCAAGCAAAAUGAAUCAGAAUAAUAUUUUCACAUGAGGUUUGAUUUCUUGAAUACUCACGUUCAAAAAAAGUUUAGAUCAAUGAAUCAAAAAUUAUGUUGAAUUAAAUUAACAGUUCUAUUUAGGAGUUGAAAUAUCUUCAUUCCAUUCAUUGAUGAAAAUUCUUAGAGUUAAGAUAGUUUUUAAAAAGAAUCCUCGUUGAUACUAUUUUGCGCUGUGCCAGGUCCGUUCGUUCUUGAAGUAUUUUGUAGAAUACAAUGAUAUAUAUUUCCUUAAAAAUUGUUAUUCGAUUAUAUAUAAUGUUACUUGAUGA